UUUUUUUCUUUUCUUUUGUAUAGUUAUACCCAAUAGUUCUUGGUUUUUUUUUUCUAUAUUCUAAAUUGCUUUAGAAUGAUUCAAUCCAAUAAUGAAACAUCACCGCUUUUAGGAAACAAUCAUGUCAAAACAUAUGAUCAACAAGAAACAAGUAGUAUAAACAGUGAUGAUACUGGUCAUAUUACUAUUUUGACUUCCAAUACACAUUCAACUGUGAAUACCCUUGAAUCCAAACAUAAUGAUCAAGAUGAUAAUAAUGAUAUUGUGGCAAAGCGACUAAAAGGUGUUUCCUUGUAUACUAUUUUAUUUGGACUUUGGGUAGGUGUUUCCCUUGCUGCUCUUGAUUCUUCCAUUGUUGCCACCAUUUAUACUCAAAUUGGUACAGAAUUCAAAAGAUCAAAUGAAAUUAUAUGGAUUGCUACUAGUUACAUGUUGAGUUACACUGCUCUUCAACCUUUGUAUGGGCGUAUCUCCGAUAUCUUUGGACGAAAAAAUGCUUUGAUAUUUGCCACUACUUUCUUUUUUGUUGGUUCCUUAUUAUGUGGUGCAGCAAAUGAUUUAUGGACUUUAGUAUUUGCUCGUGCUAUUGCUGGUAUUGGAGGUGGUGGUAUCAAUACAUUAACAACUGUAAUGGUCAGUGAUCUCGUUCCUUUACGUCAACGUGGUACUUUUCAAGGUUAUGGCAAUAUAGCUUAUGCUGUUGGUGGAAUUGCUGGUGCUCCUUUAGGCGGUUUUUUGACAGACACAAUUGGCUGGCGUUAUUGUUUUUAUAUUAAUUUGCCAUUACUUUUGGUCACUAUCUAUGUUUCAACUUGUUUAUUGACAAAUUAUAACUUGGAAGAAGAGAUGGAAACAGAUUUAUGGGAACGUUUCAAGAAGAUCGAUUAUCUUGGUGCUUUUACCGUUGUGAUGGCUGUGAUAGCUUUCUUAACUGCUACUUCACUUGGUGGUAAUCUUCGUCCUUGGUCUGAUCCUCUUGUUGUAGGUUGUUUGGUGACUGCAGGUAUACUUACUAUCUUGUUUUGUGUUGUGGAAGCAAAAUGGGCUACCAAUCCUUUGAUGCCUUGGCAUAUCAUCUCCAGUCAAACUCCAUUAGCUUGUUCGUCUACGAAUUUUUGGACUGUCAUGGCAUCUACUGGUACUGUUUAUAUUAUGCCACUUUAUUUCCAAGCCCUUCUUGGUUAUACGCCUACUCAUGCUGGUCUGUACUAUUUACCCAAAGUACUUGCUGUAUCCUUGGGAUCGGUGCUUUCUGGCAUCUAUAUGUCUCGCACUGGUGAAUACAUCAAGAUAUCUACUUUUGGUGCUAUCGCUUGUCUCUUAUCUAUGACUGGAUAUGCUUGUUGGACGCCAUCCACCUCCUCUUCUUAUUUAUUAUUGUGCUUGUUUGGUGAUGGCUUCUCUUUAGGUAUCAUUCUCACCACUACGCUGAUUGCUAUGUUAUCUUGUGUUGAAUCAAAAGAUAUGGCAACGAUCACUAGUAUGUCUUACCUUUACCGUUCUGCUGGUGGUGUGAUUGGGAUUUCCACUACCUCUGCCAUUUUUCAAGCCAUCAUCAAAACUAUUCUUACAGAAAAGAUUACUGGUCCAGAUGCUCAACUGUAUAUUGAUAUUGCUCGGAAAUCCAUGACGGAUGUACGAUCCUUACUCCCUCCUGAUGUUUUGGAAAUUGUACUUGAUUCAUACCAAACUGCUCUUCGAUAUUCUUUUGGAGCCUGUGCUGGCAUGGCUAUCCUUAGUGUACUCUCCACCUUCUUUAUCCAAAGAUUUGAAUUACAAACCAAAAUCAGAAAGUGAACGGUCAAUAGGACUGUAUGUUAUAGUAUUAUUGUUAUUUAUUAUUUAUUAGUAUUAGAUAUGGUUAGUUAGAACAUGAUGAAAAUAAAGAAAAUCUUUAGAACAAA